CUGCAGUACAGGAUUUUGAAUUUUUGUUUUCUUUUUGGAAUGUUGCCUACAUAGAAGUCAUUUGCGUACUUAUUCUUUGAAAUUUGGUAGCUUCCAGUGUGUGGUUUCGAACCUUGAUGAUUUAGAGCUAAUUUAAGUCCGUCGUCCACAAAUUGUCAUUAGACCACACUUACAGGAGUUAUGUCAUUCUGGAUUGAGCAUAGUGGGUUUGUGAAACUUUAGAUGAUUUUGUUGAAUUUGGGGUUGACGCUAUAUUCAAAUGCCCGAGUCGGAUGUUUUGGGAUAUCCUUCUGGGGUUUUUGCUUUGAAACCAUGGUGGCUCUUCACUAGAGCUCAUUCCAAUUGAUUCUUUGGUUUGCUGAUUGCUCACAAGUUAUUCGAUUUGCUGGUUAUGCACUUGGGAUCCAUGGAGGAAAAGUCAUUCUGUGCUUGGUCCAGAACAGUGGAAGAAUGCUUGGAAGAAUAUGAUGUCAGUUUAGAAAAGGGAUUAAACCUUCAGGAAGUUGAGAAACGCCGACAAAGAUAUGGGUGGAAUGAGCUUCAGAAAGAAAGUGGGAAAACUUUGUGGAAGCUUUUUCUAGAACAAUUUGCUGAUAGACUGGUUCAUAUACUGUUGGGGGCAGCUUUAAUUUCAUUUAUUCUUGCCUACUUGGAUAAAAAUGAGAUUGGGGAGGGAGGUAUGACAGCCUAUGUGGAGCCUUUGGUAAUUCUCUUAAUUCUUAUGCUCAAUGCCAGUGUAGGAGUAUGGCAGGAGACUAAUGCUGAGAAAGCUUUAGAAGCCCUCAAAGAAAUGCAAUCUGAACAAGCAAAGGUCUUGAGAGAUGGAUCUAUUAUUCCACAUAUUCCAGCUCGAGAACUUGUUCCUGGGGAUAUAGUUGAACUUGGGGUGGGAGACAAGGUUCCUGCAGACAUGCGAAUUGCAUCCCUGAAGACAUCAACCUUGAGGAUGGAACAGAGUUCUCUCACUGGAGAAAGCAAUCCUGUUACUAAAAGCACAAAAAAAGUUCUUAUGGAUGAUUGCGAAUUGCAGGCUAAGAAUUGUAUGGUUUUUGCAGGAACCACUGUUGUCAAUGGCUGCUGUACUUGCAUUGUUGUUAGCAUUGGAAUGUCUACUGAAGUAGGACAAAUUCAAGUACAAAUCCAGGAAGCUGCCUUAGAAGACGAUGACACACCUUUGAAAAAGAAACUACAUGAAUUUGGAGAAAGUUUGACAAAAGGCAUUGGAUUUGUUUGUCUUCUAGUGUGGAUCAUCAGCUAUAAAAAUUUCCUCUCGUGGGAUGUUGUUGAUGGCUGGCCAAAGAAUAUUAGGUUCUCAUUUGGGAAGUGUACCUAUUAUAUCAAGGUUGCUGUUGCUUUGGCUGUUGCUGCUAUACCUGAAGGAUUACCUGCUGUCAUUACUACUUGCUUGGCCCUUGGGACUCGAAAGAUGGCACGAAUGAAUGCCAUUGUGCGCAAGCUUCCUAGUGUUGAGACAUUGGGUUGUACAACAGUGAUUUGCUCUGACAAGACAGGCACACUUACAACAAAUCAGAUGUCGGUUACUCAAUUUGUAACCUUAGGUCACACUGUGAGUUCAAUUCAAGAAUUUCAUGUGGAAGGAACAACAUAUAACCCCACUGAUGGGAGUAUCCCAGAUUGGCCUGAACAUAUGAAUGCAAAUCUGGAAACUCUAGCAGAAAUUGCUGCAAUUUGCAAUGAUGCAGGAAUUUCCUGUCAAGGUCACCAGUUCCAUGCCACUGGAAUGCCUACUGAAGCAGCUCUGAAAGUUUUCGUUGAAAAGAUGGGAAUCUCAGGUUCGAAGGCCACGAGUGCUCGUAACAAUGGAAAUCAUAUUGCCAAUUAUACCAUUGAGAAUGGCAUGGUAAAAUUAGUUUACUGUGAUCAGUUGAUAGAAAAGUUAAAGAGGUUGGCUUUACUGGAGUUCGAUAGAAUCCGGAAAUCUAUGGGUGUUAUUGUUAGGGAUCUUUCUGGACAGAAUCGCCUCCUAGUGAAGGGUGCUGUGGAAAAUGUUUUAGAAAGAAGUGCUUUUCUGCAAUUAGCAGAUGGAACCAUAGUUGAAGUGGAUGAUGCAUCCAGGGAAUUACUCUUGAUGAAGCUUCACCAAAUGAGUUCGAAGGCUUUGCGCUGUUUAGGCCUUGCAUACAAGGAAGACUUGGGACAGUUUAAUGAUUAUGAUGGAGAGAAUCAUCCUGCUCAUAUGAAAUUGUUGGACCCUGCUAAUUAUCCUCAGAUAGAGAACAAUUUAAUCUUUAGUGGUCUCAUCGGAUUGAGAGAUUCUCCUCGUGAAGAAGUGCAUGAAGCAAUAAAAGAUUGUAGAGAAGCAGGUAUUCAAGUAAUGGUGAUUACUGGUGAUAACAAGUUCACAGCAGAAGCCAUAUGCCGGGAUAUUGGUAUAUUUUAUGAAGGAGAGAAUCUUAAUGGGAAAAGUUUUACUGGAAAAGAAUUUAUGGAACUUCCCUUGAUAAAGUGCCGUGAAGUUUUGGCAAAGCCUGGUGGUCGUGUAUUCUCUCGAGCAGAACCUAGGCAUAAGCAGGAUAUUGUUCGCAUGCUUAAAGAAACUGGCCAGGUUGUAGCGAUGACUGGAGAUGGUGUUAAUGAUGCACCUGCAUUAAAGCUUGCAGAUAUUGGAAUUUCCAUGGGAAUUGCUGGUACAGAGGUUGCCAAGGAAGCAUCAGAUAUGGUCUUGGCUGAUGAUAAUUUCAGCACUAUUGUUGCUGCUGUUUCAGAAGGCCGUUCAAUUUACAAUAACAUGAAAGCUUUUAUAAGGUACAUGAUAUCAUCGAACAUGGGUGAAGUAGCUUCUAUAUUUAUAACUGCUGCAUUAGGCAUGCCUGAUGGUUUGAUACCGGUGCAGCUUCUGUGGGUAAAUUUGGUCACAGAUGGUCCUCCUGCAACGGCUCUUGGUUUUAAUCCUUCUGACAUAGAUAUUAUGCAAAAACCACCUCGAAAAAGUAAUGAUGCCCUAAUUAGUACCUGGGUGUUUUUCCGCUACCUGGUUAUUGGAGUAUAUGUGGGGUGUGCAACAGUUGGUAUAUUUGCUGUGUGGUUCACACGUGAUUCAUUUCUAGGGAUAGAUUUAUCUGCAGAUGGUCACACAUUGGUAACAUUUUCACAGCUUACCUCAUGGGGUGAAUGCUCAUCUUGGGAAGGCUUUAGGGUUUCACCGUUUUCAGCUGGUGGGAGAAUAUUUUCAUUUGAUUCCAAUCCUUGUGAUUAUUUUUCACAUGGAAAAGCAAAAGCAACAACUCUUUCUCUCUCUGUACUAGUGGCCAUUGAGUUGUUCAACUCACUUAAUGCUCUGUCUGAGGAUAACAGUCUGCUCUCCAUGCCACCAUGGAUAAAUCCUUGGCUAAUGUUGGCGAUGUCCGUUUCUUUUGGACUCCAUGCUUUGAUCGUUUAUGUCCCGUUUCUGGCCAACGUUUUUGGAACUGUACCCUUGAGCUUUAAUGAGUGGUGUUUAGUUAUAGUAGUUUCAUUUCCAGUGAUACUGGUCGAUGAAGUUCUGAAAUUAAUUGGAAGGAGAAUGUCAAGAGGACAUCAGAAGUAUAAAACUGUUUAACAAACCAGGCAACACACGUAGACUGCUUAUUUAAGCUCUUCUCUGGCUGUAAGGCAUGCCCUGUCCACCAUAAAUUUGUCCACUAGAGUUUUGUAUUUACUUCGAUAAUAAAUAAGAGGAAACCAAAUCCAUGGUUAUACAUGGGUUUCUAGUAAAAAUAAGGUGACUUUGGAAAGGGAAAGAAUGAUGUAUUAGUUGUCCUUGUACAUAAUUAGGAAGGGUUCAGAGGUAAAUGGUUGUAAUGUAUAUAUGUUCAUUCAAGCCAUGGGUUACUAGUGGAUUUCUAGUUGGUGACAUUUGGAAGGUAAAUGAUGUUGUAUCAGUUGUUUUGUAUAUAAUAAGGAAGCUUUUAAAGGUGAA